UAAAACGGGCAACGGCAGCGGCAGUCUGUGUGUGCAUGGCUUAAUAGAAGAUUUAACCUCUGAAGUUACGCCCAGUACAUUUUUGUAGCGUGUCUGUUUUUGUGUCAUGACGGUGCGGGGACGGCGCGCACCUGUGCCGCCGGGUGGGUGGAGGAGCGCAGUCCCUUCGGCUCACAGGCGGAUUGUUUUCAUUCUGUGAUAAACGCGGUGGCGCUAUGUGCCAAUAUAAGCGGGCCUUGCUGGAUCUCUUUGUUAAUCUGAUGUGUGGAAUGCGAUUGCGGAGAGGAUUAACAGAGGUUAUUAGGUAAACACAGAAAGUUGUCGCGAUGCGGUCCGUGAGCUCCCGGUCCUGCCCUUUGUCCGAGUCGGGGCAGGUGUGGCGCACCGUGGGGCGAAGGCUCCGUCGCGUUUGAGACGCCCUGGCGUUGCUGUGCUCACCGGGUCUUCCUAUGGUCGCUGCUAUGACCUCCUGGCCGGGAAGAUAUGCUAAGCUAAUUGUGCAGAGAGCGUUCCUGAUCGCGUGUGUCACCGCGCUGCCCGCAGCGGCGCUUUCGGCUGGAAAUGGCUGCCUGUCCCCGCCUACAUCCUCCUGCUCGGAGUGUCUGGGCCGCGGCCCGCAGUGCGCCUGGUGCUUUCAGGACGUGCAGGCAUUUCCGGGCGGAGCAGACAUCAGCCAGCGUUGCGACUUGGUGCACAACCUGCGAAGGAACGGGUGCGAGGAGCAGUUUAUCGAGCAGCACGCUUUCGGGGUGCAGGAGACCGGCACGCUGUCGGGCACCCAGGUGUCACCGCAAGAGGUGACACUGCAGAUGUGGCCAGGUGUGUCCCUAAGCUUCCUGCUGCAGGCCCAGCAGCUGCAGCGCUACCCGGUAGACAUGUACUACCUGCUGGAUGUCUCGGCCUCCAUGCAGGACCACCUGGACCGGCUGAAGACGGUGGGCGUGUCCCUGUCUCAGCGAAUGAAAGCGCACUCCAGCGACUUCAGGGUGGGCUUCGGCUCCUUCGUGGACAAGCCGGUGUCGCCUUACAUCAACGUGCACCCCUCCAAAAUCAGCAACCCCUGCAGCGACUACGGCAUACAGUGCAGGCCAGCACACGGCUUCAUCCAUGUGCUCCCACUGACGGACAACACCACAGAGUUCACACGCGUGAUCCGAGAGCAGAGCAUCUCGGGCAACAUGGACACGCCGGAGGGCGGCUUCGACGCCAUUCUGCAGACCGCCGUGUGCCAGGAGGAUAUCGGCUGGCGGCCGGAAGCAAAGCGCCUCCUGCUGGUCAUGACUGAUCAGCCGUCUCACCUGGCGCUGGACAGCAAACUGGCUGGGAUUGUGGUGCCACACGACGGGAACUGCCACCUGGAGAACAACACCUACACGCACUCCACCCGCAUGGAGCACCCCACGGUGGGCCAGCUGGCGGAGAAGCUCCUGGAGAACAGCAUCUACUCAAUCUUUGCAGUGGAGCAGCUGCAGUAUAAGUGGUAUGAGCAGCUGAACUCUCUGCUGCCCGGGACCCACCUCGGCAAGCUGCAGCCCAAAGCCGCCAACCUCCGCGAGCUGGUGGUGGACGCCUACAAGAAGCUUCUCUCCAUCGUGGAGGUGGACGUCAGGGUUCAGGACCAGCAGGUACACAGGUUUCGGGUCAACGUUACCGCGAUCUGCCCGGAAGGCUCCAGAACCAAAGGCAGCAAUAAAUGCUCUGAGGUCCGACCCAACCAGACGGUACUGUUUAACAUCAGUGUCAGCAUGCUGGCCUGCCCUGAGGAAGAGGAGGUUCUGAUCUUCAUCAGGCCUGUGGGCUUUAACGAGUCCACGCUGGUGAGGGUCAGGCCUACCUGUGCGUGCAGGUGUGGGCAGCUGGGAGAAUGCCAGGACGAGCCGGGCCAAACUGAGCCAAGCGGAACCGAACCGAGCCAGGCCCCCUGCAGCAGCAGGCCAGAGGAGGCGGGGCAGGGCUGGGACUGCCGGGUAGGCGGGGCUGGAGGGAGGGGGCCGGACUGCAGCGGCAGGGGCAGCUGUGUGUGCGGCCGCUGUGUCUGCGAGAACGGCACCCUGGGAAGGUACUGCCAGCUGGAGGACCUCACCUGCCCCUACAGACACGGCCUGAUCUGUGCAGGGCACGGUCGCUGUGUUGCAGGGGAGUGCAGGUGUGGUGUGGGCUGGGAUGGGGAGAGCUGUGACUGUCCCACCUCCUCGGAGACCUGCCUAUCAGAGGACGGGGUGCUGUGCAGCGCACAGGGCAGCUGUGUCUGCGGCCGGUGUGAGUGUGACGACCCCCGGCGUUCCGGAGAAUUCUGCGAGAAGUGCCCCACCUGUGAGGGCUCCUGUCAAUCACACUGGAAGUGUGUGCACUGCCAUCUGGCCAAUGGCUUCACAGAGGGCAUGCCCAACGCCUGCAACCAGAGCUGCCCCCUGCUGGUCGACUUUGUACAUGACAUCCCUGGUUCUGAGGACAGACUGUCUCCGUCCUGCCUGUACCCAGCAGGGCAGAGGUGCCACUACAGGUACCAAACGGACUCGGGACCGGGCCCCGCCCUGCUCUGGCUCAGCACACACCCAGAGUGUCCCUCCGGCCCACGCUACCUGCCCACUUUCGUGGCGGUCUUCCUCCUCACCUUCCUCCUCGGACUGGCCGUGCUGGUGCUGCUCAGCUGGCUACUCAGACAGCAGAACCGGGCCCUGGACGAGUCCAAGAGUGCCGUGUAUGACGUCACCAACCAGGACACUCUGAGCACGGCCACAGCCAAUGAGAAGCCAGUAACCUGCCAUCAAGAGCAGCAGCUGGAGAUGCGCACACACUCCCCUGCGACUCCUCUGCACAAGGUGGGGUGGCAGUGAGGGGGGGCGUGCAGUGGAGUACUGCCCCCUCUCCCCAGCCCCCCCCGCCACACGGAUACAGGUGUGUGGAGUGUGUGAUCAGCACAGCAGAGAGGAUGGGCAGAUACGCACUGCUGUGUAACCCUGCGCUCAGUCCCUCACUGCCCCCCCCAAAACACUGGAGCCCGGGGGGGGGCUGUGUUUAUAUUUGUAUUUGCUUUAGUGAACACACUACAGGUUUGAUUUCAUUUGGUCAGAGUCUGUUACUCAGAUACCCCAGUGAUCCCAUUCAUUCAGUCAAUGCUGCCCUUUUA